CUCUUUCUUUCUUUUUAUUACUUGCAUAAUUUUUUCUCUUUACCCUUUUUUGUUUUUUUUUCCUUUUCAUUCUAUAAAAAUAGCGAAAUAAAAAGAGAAAAGAAAAAGCUCUCCUUUUAUCUUCUUUACAUCCUUUUUUUUUUUUUAUUUACACAAUUAUUCACUACUUUCCUUUUUAAAAAGAAGAAAAAAAAGCAUGACUGAAGAUAACAGUAACCAUCCCAACCAACUCUAUUUUGACUAUCAUCAAAUUAAUACUAACAAUGCAAAUCCAUUAUUAUUCAAUGAAAUAAUGUAUCAGCAAGAUUAUCAACAAUUACCUCAUAGUAACAAUACUACUAGUAAUAAUAAUACCAACAUCCAUAGCAACAAUAAUAACCAUGGCAACAGUGAUGCAUUAUCUUUAUCCCAUUCACCUUUAUUAUUUGACAACUCGUCAUCUUCUUGCACUUCAUCACCUUCUGUCUUGUACGAGACGGCCACGGUUAGCACAUCAUCGACAGCAGCAACGCGUCAAGCAUCUAAAAAGCAGACAAAAAAGAAAGUGGUUAAUUCUGAGCUAAAGAGACAAAUUCAUAUCCAAUCAGAACAAAAAAGACGAGCUCAAAUCAAGGAUGGAUUCGACGAGUUGAGAAACCAGUUACCAAGUUGCUUAAACAAGAAAAUGAGCAAAGUAGCUCUCUUGCACAGAACAGUUCAACAUAUACAGCACUUGAAGUCAACACAGACCACCAUUCUCGCUGAACUAGAACGUCUGGUAGCAGAGAAUGAACGAUUAAGAAAAUUUAAAGAAAGCGUACUUCAGAAUCAAGCAUUUGAAAAGAUGUAUUCCCUAUAGUCAUAUCCCCCCUCUCUCUCCUUCUUUUGCUUUAUAUCACACACACACACACAUAUACACACAUACACAGACACACACAAACGUCAAGAGUUCACACAAAUAUGUACCCUCACUUAAACGUUUACUUGUAUAUGCUUUUAAUAUAUGAUCUAUGUUUGAAUAAUCUCUAAAUCAUAACUACUUUUCAAAAAAAAAAAAAAA